AUUUUUUCGAGUAACUUUUAGUUUCUUUUCUUUAUCUUCUUUGAUUUGAACAGUGCAUUUACAAAUAUUCGAACACAUCGCGAAAUGUUUUGGCAACUGAACGUACCCCGCUAUUUGUCAUCGUUUGCCGACAGAUAAAGAAGUGACCAAGAUGGAGGACUCUGACGGGUUGAGACCAAUUGACUUUUUGUCUGAGAACUCUGAUCGUUUGGAGAAGAGGUUUAUGGAGUUUGAAGACAAUCAAGAAGCUCAAGAUGAAUUAAUAUGUAAUUAUUUAGAUGACUGGCCAGCUGAACAAGGUUUAAGUGUUUUGGAUGAAAUGAAAAUUGAGUUCGAACCAGAUUUGGAAUGGUUUAAUGUAACGCAACCGUUAACAAUGGAAGAUUUAAAUGGCAAAGUGGUUAUACUUGAUUUUUUUACAUACUGUUGCAUUAAUUGUAUGCAUAUAUUGCCAGAUUUGCAUGAUUUAGAAGAAAUGUAUCCGCCAGAUCGGGGUUUAGUUAUAAUUGGAGUACAUACUCCGAAAUUCGAUAAUGAGAAAAGUGAUUCAAAUAUUGUAGCGGCAACGAAACGAUACAACAUUACGCACCCAAUUGUAAAUGACGCGCAGUCGACUUUAUGGCGUCAACUAGGUAUACAAUGUUGGCCAACGUUGAUAGUAUGCAGUCCAAAUGGUUUACCUAUUCUACUACUUAUGGGGGAAGGACAUGGUUUCUUCCUAAAACGCUUUAUAGGGGAAGCGUUGCGAUUUUAUGAAGACGCUGAUGAUAUAUCAGACUCCUCUUUGCCAAUUGUGCACUCAACAGAACCAUUGCCCGCAUCUAAUUUGCGUUUUCCAGCAAAGAUGGCGAGGAGUGAUCGAGGGUUAUAUGCUUUAGCAGAUGCUGGUAAUAAUAGAGUGUUGGUCAUUGAUAGCAUGGGAAAUGUCUUGCAUAAAGUUGGAGGCACUGAAUCUGGUUAUGCUGAUGGUGAUUUUGCAACUGCACGUUUUAAUGCACCACAUGGCGUUGUCUUCUUUAAUAACGAUACGAUAGUGGUGGCUGAUACAAAAAAUCAUCUCUUGCGAGAAAUUUCUAUAAGCAACGACAGGGUUAUUACCUUAGCUGGUACCAGAUGGCAAGGUACAGAUCGUGAAGGUGGCAAUUUAGGCAACGUGCAACCAAUAUCGUCUCCAUGGGAUGUUGCAGUUUAUAGAACUCGGGAUAUGGAUAUGUCAUUUCAUAUAGAUGACCAAAGCGUAGAAGAGAAACCAAUCGUUUUAGUAGCUAUGGCAGGUUUACACCAAAUAUGGGCCUAUUUCCCAGAAGGCAUGAUUUGGUGGAAAUAUCGAAAGUUCGAACCUUGUACAUGCAAUGCUCUUGUUGGCAAUGGCGCUGAAGAGAAUAGAAAUAAUUCAUAUCCACAAAAUGCAGCCUUUGCGCAACCUUCUGGGCUUGCAGUUGGUGACAAUUUUCUUUUUGUAGCCGACAGCGAAAGUUCCAGUAUACGAAAAGUGUCUUUGAUUGAUGGGAAAGUAAUGCCGGUAGUAGGCGGCGAUCGCGAUCCCUUGAACUUAUUUGCUUAUGGCGACGUUGAUGGAAAGUUGUUCAGUGCGAAACUUCAGCAUCCAUUGGGUGUGGCAUAUAAUCAUAUAAGCGAAAAAGUUUAUAUAGCUGAUACAUAUAAUCACAAAAUCAAAAUGGUUGAUCCAAUUGCAAGUACAAUAGAAUCAUUGGUUGUUUAUAAUGAACAAGGGGCACUGCAUCGUUUUAGCGAACCAGCCAGUGUGUGUGUUGAUACCAGCGGCGAAUUUUUAUUUGUGAGUGAUACAAACAAUCACAACAUACAAUAUGUAAAUUUGCAAACAAUGGUCACAAAAACUUUUCAUUUGAACUUUAAUUAUGCUCCUAUGCCCAGUGAGUUAGAUAUAAUACCAAGCUGUAAAUAUUUAUGGCAUAGUCUCCCUCUACGGAGCUACAAAGAAUUACUACUACAUGUACUUUUUGUGUUUGAUGCUGGCAUGAAAUUUAAUGCUGAAGCGCCACAAAAAUGGACACUUACAACAACAGAAACAGCUCUAGUUGCUCCUUAUACAACUGGAACAUUGAACGUAGAUGGAAAACUGGUCAUAGAAUUUAAACGGUUGCCUACAACGCAAACAUUUUUGAGAGAAUCACUUACAUUGGAGUUCUGCUUGGCCCUAUGUAAUGACAAUAGCUGCCUUAUGAAAAGAUUUGCUAUACUCAUCAAUGAUGACAUAAAUUCAGCCUAUUUGCCGUCUAUGUCUGCUGUUGGUGAAACUAUAACUAUAAAAUUAAGCAGUAAAAACGUCGUAAUAUGUGACUGAUAAUGUUCCGGAAGGAGUAGUAGAUUAUUGCCUGUUAUUAUCUACACUAAUAGAUUAUGGACUUUUAACUGAUGAAGGGUGUUAUAAUUUGUAAUCGGAUUGGGCGAAUCGGACUAAUUAAAUUGAUUUGAUCGAAAUUAAGAAUUUUAAUUAUUUUAUAAAAAAUUAUACAA